AGCUUUUGUCAAUUUCCGUAUCCACUCAGCCCAAACAUUGCAGGAGGUUAUGGAUUUGGUCAAGUCAACCAUAUCAGAUGAGCGUGUGAAGGUAGAGAUGGUCAAUGGAUUCGACCCGCUGCCCAUCAGCUCAUAUGAUGAGAAGGCUUUUGGGUUCCAGGUCAUAAAGAAAACAGUGCAGGUCAUGUUUCCUCAGCUCACAGUGGCCCCUGGUGUAUGUGUUGGCAACACUGACAGCCGGCACUACAGGGACAUCACCCGAGACAUGUAUCGCUUUGCACCAACGUGGUUCAAACCAGGUGAUCCUCAGAGGUAAAACACAGGAGAGUGGCUCUUU